AUGAGGCAUACACCGACCGGCCUGGCUUGUCUGGAUCCUCCACCUGUGCGAGACAAGGCAAAUUCGGGAUAUGAGAUGGCAUGCCAGAACGAAGGGGCUUUUAGAACGAAGGUGCAUCAUGGGGCGCAGGAACCAGAUGGUGCAAAAAACGAGGCAGAAAAACGGACAUCCAAAAAAAAGAAGAAAGAAAGAAAGAAAGAAAGAAAGAAAGAAAGAAAGAAAGAAAGAAAGAAAGAAAGAAGAAAGAAAGAAAGAAAGAAAGAAAGAAAGAAAGAAAGAAAGAAGAAAAGAACAACAAACACGAAAAGCGCAUGCAGAGGCACUUGCAGGUCUCACCAGCUCAGCAAUCUCCCUGAUGGCGUCAUCUAG